UCUCAAAGUGUACAAUUCUUUGUGCACGCUAUUUUCAGAACCGUUUUUAACAAAAUAACCUAAUGUAAAGUGGUGAGAGGGACACAAUUGUCCAUUUCCAACCAGCAGCCCAAACUGGUCAUGUGUGUAUUACAUAAACACCUUGAAUGUCUUCCUGGUUCUCCAGCGGUGUGGCUCCGCCCCCAAAGGAUCAACAGUUACUUUUUAAUGCGCAUUUUCUCAUUAUUCAUCCAGUGUGUGUCAGGCUCUCCGUCUCACACAGUCAAGAUGUUUCCCUUUUCCUUGUUGUCACCAACUACUUGGACUCUGCUGGCUGUCUUCUUCGCCCUGGUUUAUCUGGGUUGCUUGCUUUUGACAGUGAGUGCCAUGCCAAGUAUGGGGACGUCUGGGGGUUGUUUGAUUUCCGACAACCCGUUUUGAUGGUGGCUGACCCUGAGAUUAUUAAAACUGUGCUGGUGAAAGAGUGCUACUCUGUGUUUACCAACCGGAGGGAAGUUAUAGGGGAUCCAGCUUUGAAGGAUGGAAUUAUAAGCGUUAAAGAUGAAAGGUGGAAAAGAAUCCGGAGCACUUUGUCCCCAUGCUUCACCAGUGGACGACUCAAACAGGUUUUCCCCAUCGUUUCUCGCUAUGCAGACAAACUCACUGAAAAACUUGGAAAAAUGAAUUUGGAUGAACCCAUCGAUAUCAAACAAUUCGUGGGACCUUACAGUUUGGACGCUGUGACCAGUGCAUCUUUUAGUGUCGAGGCAAACUCCAUAAACGAUCCAGAUGACCCAAUUAAUGUCCACAUCAAGAAGAUUCUUAACUUUAAAAUGUGGCUUUUGCUAUUAUUGACGAUGUUUCCCUCUGCUGAUAAACUGUUGAAGGCCCUGAAAAUUGAAAUCAUGCCAAGCCUCAGCGUGAAAUAUUUCUAUAACAUUAUGAAGAGAUUUAAAGAUGAGCAUCAAGCAGAGGAAUCUAGUCGAGGGGACUUCCUGCAUGUGAUGCUUCAGAAUGAGAUACAAGAAACGGACAUAAAGAGUGAAGAAGAUCAGCCAAGUAAAGGUUUGACUGAGCACGAGAUGCUUUCCCAGGCCUUCAUUUUCAUCUUUGCAGGCUCCGAUACCACCAGUAUCACCAUCACUAACAUCCUUUACAAUCUGGCCACCAACCCGGAUGCAUUGCAGACCCUGCAGGAAGAAAUCGAUGCCAGCAUACCAAGAGAUGCUCCCAUUUCAUACGAUGAUGUGAUCGGUCUUCAGUACCUGGAUCAGGUCAUUUGUGAGUCGAUGCGUUUGCUUCCCACUGCACCUCGAAUUGAGAGGAGUUGCAAGAAAACGUCCCAGUUCCACGGCAUCACCAUCCCUGAAGGAACUAUCGUGGCCAUCCCUGUGACGAUAUUACACAUGGACCCGCGCUUCUGGAGAUCACCUGAGCUUUUCAGACCGGAAAGGUUCAAUAAAGACAGCGGGGAGGAGGUGAACCCGUACGCUUACAUGCCGUUUGGGCUCGGUCCUCGCAACUGCGUUGGGAUGCGCUACGCCGUCCUCACCAUGAAGAUGGUUCUUGUCCGUCUCCUGCAGGAUUACUCUGUGGAGACAUGCAAAGACACCGUGAUUCCUUUGGAGUUCAGCUGGACAGAACAGCCAAUAAAACUACAAUUUGUUCCCAGGAAACAAUAGCCCAAACGGGAGAAUCUCUGAAUAUAACUCGCUUUAUAUCAAUAUGUAAUGUAAUUAAAGGGGGAAGAGGAGAAAGUAUUGCCUUUUUAGGCUCAGGGGAUGUACAAUAAAUUGGUCUAUAUUGUUUCAUCUUAUUUUGCAUUAGAUUUGCUUUUCUGCCAUUAUACAUUUUGAAAAGUCUGUCGUCCUAACUUUGCAGAAACAUGCUAAAGUGAUUGAUGAUUUAAGAGUUGCUGGAUUAUUUACUCAAUAUAUCAUCAUGUGUAUAUUAACAACAAGAUCAGUAUUGCAAUUCGUAAAUAUCAAAGUUGUGGUGAUUAUGGGUAUCAUGAGUGCCCCUAAUCUAAAACAAUACAACCAGUAAUACACUGAUGUCAGUUGCUCUA